AUGGACACAUCUCUUAAGAAGGAUUUGAAGAAUGUUAAAGAUAAGAUUAAGGAAGGGAUACAGAGGGUGAUUGAGGAUAUGAAUGUUUUGACAUUGGAUGAGAAAGUGAAGGGUGAUUUGGGGACGUUGAAGGAGAAUAUUAGUGAGCUUGCAAAUGGUAUGGAAGGUAAUGACAAACAUCCAUUAGUUGAAAGUGCGUUGUCUCAGCUUAAAGAACAGAAAGAUAAGCUGAAUGUUCUUGCUGGGCCAAACGGUUCAAUUAAGAAGGAGACGGACGGGCUUCAAGAUAAGUUUGAGAAUGCGAUCCAACAGCCGCUUAAGACGUUGACUGAGAAUGUUGACAAGGCGAUUGAGGUGCUUGGCGGGAAUUUUAAAGAUGGUGGCGGGGAUGGAAAGAAAAAUCUUAAUGAUAUUUUCGCGCAUAUUCAAAAAAAGGUUGGGGCGAUUAAGGGGAAGGCGGGGAGAGAUUCGGGGCUGGAAGGUAUCGUGAAGAAAGUGCAGGAGCUUACUAAUGCGUUCGUAAAGGGGAAAGGGAACAAUUCUGGUUUUAAUGGCAGAGUAGGCGGUUGGCUGGAAGGUGUAAUAGGGAAUGGGAAGGGGAGGCCGGGGACCAGAGACCAUAAGCCCGGGUUGCAAGCCGUGACGUCUUGGCUUCAGCAGUAUAAGGAGGCGGUUACGAAGAAAAGGUAUAAGGAAAGCGAUUUUACAGAUCAGGUUAAGAACAAGAUUAUGCAACAGACAGAAAUCUCACAAGCCAUUGCCGCAGCUCAGGGGAAGAUUAAGCAAGUAGUAGAUGGGAAAGUUGUCGACAAUCUCAGUGCCAUCGUAAGCGCUUGCGAGGAGUUUGUCAAGGAGCUUGAUAAGAAGAUCACGAAAACGGAAAUAGAGAGAUUUGCUCCUGCGAUAGCCAAGGAGAUUCAGAGUUGGGCAUCGCGGCAGGGUCUUCAGAAUUUUAAUAGAGACGCUAAUCUCACCACCGCCGUAAAAUACAUCCUGGUCGCGCUCUGCGCUUCUGUGAGGCAGGUUGGCAAUGAGAUAAAUUCACUAGGUACCGACAAGUUUGGCAACAUCCUGGACGAAAUAAAGCCGACGGUUGAUGCGCUUCACACGGCGCUUGAGGGGGCGACACAAAUCCCUACAUCCCCUCCCGCCAGCAAAAAUGAAAGCCCCGCCAAAGCCGUUGACAGUAAGGAUUGCGCAGCUAUCUUGUAUGAUGCGAGCAGCGUCAGGUGGGAGCGUAUGUGGGUACUACAUUGA